CUCCCUUCGAAAAAAUUAGACCAUGUUUUGUUUAGGACAACAAGGAGUCAGCAGACUUAGGAAUGGAGCAUUAGUAGCAAGAGCAAAAGGAGUGCCGAGAGUAAGGGCAGAAGCAUGUAUGUCACUGACUUUUGCCUCAUCUGUUCAACAUCGUUCCAUUUCAACAGUACAUGGACAACAAGCAACAGCGGUGACAUUCAAAGCUAAUCAGACUGAACCAUGGCGUCCCUCGACAAGGUGGUAUAUUGGCGCAGGGGUAGUCUUUACGGGAGUGUCGCUUGUCCUUCAAUCACCGUCACUUGGAUUGAUUGGCCGUCAUCAUGCGGUGCAAAACGACGCUCCUUCAAGUCCUAAUGAUUCAAAGAAUAUAAACACUGAUAGCCUUGGAGCUAAGUUAGCAAGGAUGUUCAGGAAGAAGCCUCAACCAAUAGAUCAAAAUGAUAUUGCACUGGACACCACCUUGACAGUGACGAGCUGGAAGCAGAUGGAUCAAUCUGCAUUAAUCAGAGUUCCUGGAAUCAUGCUCUGGGGAUCUAACAAGAAUGGACUUAUAGACCCUUCAGGAAAGAGCCCUGGAAUUGUCUCAAUUCCUCAACGAGUCGUCGCUUUUGAAGGAAAGGUCUUGCGCGAUCUUAAGCUCGGAGAUGAUAUCGCUGCUGCUGUGGAUGAGGAGGGAAAUGUCUAUCAAUGGGGCGCAGGAUAUAAUAGCUCAUCUCAUCAACCAGAAGUGACACUUCGGAAUCGUGAUAUUAAGCGUAUCACACUCUGUGAUACAAAAUUGUAUGGUUUAUCAAUGGAUGGUACUAGCGUGUAUGUGAUGCCCAAAGUCCGACCCACGUCUGGACCAACCAAAGUAGCAAUUGAAUAUGAGAAACCAAAGUCAAGCGUAUGGCAAUAUGUGGGCUUUGGCGGCAAUGGUGGUAAUAAUAAUGCCGACCCAAUGGCGCAACUUCCUAUUCACGAGCUGCUGCAGAAGAAUGAGACUAUUACUUCGAUCGCCUCUGGAAAGAACCACGUAUUGAUGCUUACGUCUGAGGGUCGCGUCUUUGGAUCAGAGGAUGGUCUCUCUGUCUCUGUAGUCGGUAGCAGUGAUUUCCGUCAAAGCCGAAUCUUGGAGGUCGCAUGUGGAGAAGUACACUCGUUAGCACGGGAUGAUCAAGGUCGCUGCUGGGCUUGGGGGGUCAAUGGAUUUGGGCAGUUGGCUCAGGGAGCAUAUUCUCAUGCAAACUUGAAGUUAGCACAACCCACGUUGAUUCAAGGUCUUGAAGGGACUACUGCUGGUGGAGGCCCAGAAUGUGUGAAGGUCGCAGCGGGUGGACAGACGAGCUACGUGGUUACCAAGGAGAAAAACGCAUUCAAAGUCAAAUCUGCAGGUUUGGGCCAAUGGGGCCAGCUGGGCGAUGGCACUUAUACGCACAUCCAGGGGUCGCUGGUCACCAUUACACCGCUUUCUAACCUUGCUGAAUAUAGAGAAGCAGAGAAGAAGAUGGUGCCUAUUGGCAUCCAUGAUUUCGCCAUAGGAUCAACACACGCGUUUGCAGUCCUCGAUAAUGCUGUGAUUGAAGAUAGCGUCCCAAAUAAGGCCACGGUCAUCCAUGGACGUGAUGUAUUAUCAUGGGGGCAGAAUACAUACUAUCAACUUUUAACUGGCAAACGAGUCAACAAGACGGAGCCUGUGCAUGCGCUUCCACUGGAUUCUGAGGCCCUUCAGCCAGCUGACAAGGCUGUUGCCGCUGUUUCUCAAGGCACUUCUCGGGAUAAGGAAGUCGACACAUUGAACCCUAGAAACCGGUUACAGCUCAUGCCUGCACAGCCACGAUCCGAUCCACAACAAGACACGAAAAAGGAGCAAUCAAAGAAACCUAACGACAAAGAUCCCAAGGCGGGUGUAGUAGAGUUGAUCGAAUUGAAGAUCGUUGCAGGAAACGGUGUUUCGGGUGUAUAUUGUGCGACAAUUGUCUAGAUGCACAAUCAGCAAUUGCAUAAUGAACAUGAAACAAUGCAAGAUCGUUGAGGCUGUGCUUCCUAUCACGUGUACAUCCUUAUCGAUGUAUUGAUGAG